UUCUCUAGGAUUUCGAAAAUAAAAAAUGGUUGCAUACUUCAAAAACAACUUUUUCUUGGUUCCUAUAGUUGUUUUACUUUUUUUUGUUAUCUCAUCACAUGCAAAAUUUAGUACGAAGGUUACAAAAAGUGAAAUCAUCGACAUCUGCAAACAAAAGGAUAGAGAUUUUAAUGAAUCAGUUUGCUUUGAAGUCCUGGAAUCAAUCCCUGAAAUUGCAACACUGGAUUAUUCUGACCUCGCCAAAUAUUUGAUUAAUUAUGAUUCUCGAAAAAUCUCAUAUAUGAUGAAGCAAUUCCAGUCACUCGAAAAUAGCACAACUGAUCGCAGUUCUAAGGGCUCCUAUAAGGUAUGCUCAGGAACUUUUGACCUUGCUAUUGGUUGUUUUGAUACAGCUCUCAGAUCUUUGGCGGACAAAGACUAUCUUAGAUUCUACGAUAACGUCGGUUGUACGGUGGACAUGGCGGCUACAUGUAGAGAUGAGCUGUCAACUGUCGUCAAGGCUAAUCCACAACUCUUUAAAGAUAUUUCAUUUGUCAGAGAUAUAUCUUUCAUUGUUUUGCUGAUUCGAGAACGAUUUCUAUGUAAAGGAUUACCAAGAUGUUAG